UGGUUGCUAUGCAUAUUAAUUACUUUGCACCCAGGGCUGUAAAAGCUGUUUUAAAAGAGGACGGACAUAAAGGCUGAAGCGCAGACAGGAGGUGAAGCUGAGUAGAGGCAGCCAGGAGAAACAGCACCAGUGACUUCAGAGAACACGGGAGCAGGGAGGCUCAGACAGAUCUUUGGUCUCAUAACUACAGGGGAAUUUGGACAUGAAACUCCUUAUAGCAGCAUUGUUUUUGCUGGUGGUCGCUGCUUGUGUAGUGAAUGUGGAAGGGUCAAAAUGUAAAUGUUCCAGAAAGGGUCCAAAAAUAAGAUUUACAGAUGUGCAGAAAUUGGAAAUAAAACCAAAAUACCCAUAUUGUGAAGAAAAGAUGAUCAUUGUGACCAUGCAUAAUGUAUCACGGUUUAGAGGACAGCAGUAUUGCUUACACCCUAAAUUACACAGCACAAAAAAAUUCCUUAAAUGGUACACAAUAUGGAAGGAAAAAAACAGAGUUUAUGAAGACUAAAAUACAUUUUAAAAAAAAAAUACAGUUGACAAGAGAAAAUGACAGUGGAUGUCUUAAAGAAAACAAAAUUCAAAAAUAAAUAUUUCCUGGUGUUCAGAUUGAAACCAUCUAUGUAUGUAAUUAAUUAACAUACUUUUAAAAUAUCAGUUUGACAUUUUAUAACACACAAAAAAAAAGGCUUUUAGAAAUUUCAUAGAUGUCUUACACACUUCUGAUUUUAUAAUUGUCUGCAUAAUCUGGAAAUAAUAAGAUUUGUUUUAUACGGUUUGCUAUGUGUUUGAUUCAUAGAUUAAUAAAAGUUCGUAUGAACUUUAUAAGUUCAUUAAAUACAAAACAAGACAGAAGAGGAAGUCACCAACCUGGUUCUCAUACUAAAGAAUACUAAAAUAAUUAAAUAGAUCAAUAUAACCAAGACCAGUAGCUUUCAAUAAUCUUUGUUUAAGCAUACAUUUACAUUAUUUUAAAUUGUAUGUAGUAAUAAAUUUUCAUGUGUUUUAAAAUUAAUCAUUAGGCAAUCUCUUCUCUGUAUGUGAUGUCUCUUUGUAAUGUAUAGUUUUGCAUUUGGAAAAUCUGGUUCUAGUCAAACUUACUAUUUUUUUAAAAAAACUUGUAUUAAUAUUAAUAAUCAAAUAGUUUUGAAUACAAAAUGGACAACGAAUAAAAUGCGGUCCUUAUGGUAACACUUUGGCAAAUUGAAAUGUGCCACUUGUGCUGCAGUGAUUUUUUUUUUUCUGUUCCAAAUACAAGGGUCAACAUAUAGUAAAUCUGGAUUUUUUUUUUCUCAAGGCAGGAACUUAAACUUUGCUAUUUUACUGAGCUAGUACUUCACCUAUCAUUAAUUAAAACAUUUUUUACAUUUCACAAAUAAAGUCCUUCCAGAGGCUCAAUGUAUAAAAAAAUUCCGCAAAAGAGAUCUGGUAAAACACACGUGUAAUAUGUAUAUAUUUUAUUUUUAGAUGUUUAUUUUGUCAUAAAAUCAUCUUUGUUCAAUAAUUGUCAUUUGUAUUUUCCGGCACUUAAAUUUGUGCUUCAUGUAAUGUUACUGAUUUAACCACUUUUGUUUAAUUUAUCUUGCUCAUCUUAUCUUAUCAUUGUUGCAAUACUAUUGCAAUUUCAUGUGUCUGACAGUAUAAACUGUUUUAAUUAUUCUAAUUUCUAUAUUUGGAGCAAUAUACUCACCUCAUCUCAGUCUAUGACGUAAAACAGAUUUAUUGUUAGCUAAUAUCAUUUUAUGACAACUUUAAUAUUCUAUGCCAUGUAAACUUAUCAGACAAAGAGCAUAGUGAAAAGGUAUUAUUUACAACUGGUGUCAUGGAAUUCAGAUGUACCAUAUAUUUCAGUGCAAAUUUCCAUAAUAGUGCCACUUGUAUUAAUAUGAAAUGUCACCUUGGCAACAAUAGAUAGGUAUAAUUUGUCUAUAUUCUCAUGUAGUACAAACAAAUCUGUAAUUCAAUAUUUCAAAAAAAUAAAUAAAUAAGAUGAAACACUGCUAUAUUAUCCACUCUUCCAUGAAUUAGAUAAUAUAAUUUCUUUAUAUUUUGUAAAUAAACUGAGGAAGUUUCGUAUAAAUAUGUGUAUAUUAUCUAUAAAUGUAAUGUGUUGUAAUGCUAAAUUAUCAUAUGUUAUUUAAGUAUUUUGAAUAUGUAGAAAGUUGCA